AUGGAAUUCUGCAUGAUCCCAUUAACGUCUGACCUACAGAUGAAUCCGUUUCGAUACCGCAGAACCAUCGUACCGGAGCCAAUGUUUCUGGUCCAUGCGGUGAUGGCUUUAGCAGGUCAUCAUGUUAAGAGUGCAUCAACCGAUGACCAUCGCUAUACAGCAUUGAAACUCUUCCGCGAGAGCCUUAAUGCAUCCGGUAAUAUAGAAGAUGGCUCCUCUAUGCUUGAUGCGAUUAUGAUAUUAUUUUCCUUCGACGAAGCUCAAUCCACCCUUGGAUACUGGAGCACACAUCUCAAGGGAGCCUAUGGCCUUAUCGAAGCGUACGGGGGAAUUGAAGCAUGGACUACAUCUGCUCGGGCAGACGCUCAAAUAGGAUUGCUGUUGUGGUGGGAUGCCAUCACCAGUCUCUUGUCUCGGGAAGACCGCGUGUUCCCAUACGCAUACGUUGAAGCCACCCUAUCGAACCCCGAAGAUCGGAAGUGGAAUUUCUUUGACCUCUGUGGGUGCCCACACAGUGUGGUCACGCUGGUCAUGCAAGUGGUGCGUCUGAGUGCCGAAAAACGCCAAUCUUCAUCCAUGCGGUACGUGGCCUUUGACGCCACAGCGAUCGCCCAAAUCGAGCAAGAGCUCGAGUCCUGGCAUCACAUUUCACCUGCUACACUUGCCUUUGGUAGCGAAGAGGACAUCCAACAAGACCAAGACUGUAUGCACUGCUCGGAGGCCUGGAGACACGGCCUGCUGCUCUAUAUCUACCGCGUGUUCCGAUGGAAGCCGGGAAGCCCGAUUCCAAUGCACGUUGUCCGUUGGGCCCGGGUCAUUGUGGACCAUGUGGUUUCGUGUCGCGACGAGAGCAUGGUCUCCCGGCAGGCGUUGCUGCCGCUCUUCUUUGCGGGCUGCGAACAGCGCGAUCGAUCGGUACGGCAGAAGAUCGUGCAGUUUUGCUCGGUGUGGAAUGACCGGACGCGGUAUCAGAUGUUUGGGAGCACCAUCCCGUUGCUUGAAGAAGUAUGGGCAGAGCAGGAGGCGAAGGGCUUUGAGAACGUGUGGUGGGGUCACAUCGUGGAUCGAAAACACACUUCGUCUUGUUAUCCGUUGCAAAUGCGGCUUUGCUUUGGAUGA